AUGUCGAUCUGUUUUUCAUCGGCCAAAUCGCUGGAGCUAUUCGUCACCACAUUUGCCUCGACAUACUUCCAGUACAUACCGGUCCACCUGAGCUCAUCCCAGGCCGCACUCAUAGUGUCCAUAAUGUUCGCCAGUUUUACGAUCGGAAACGUGUUUAACAUAUUUGUCGUCAAUUUUAUCGCUACGAAAAAUUUGAUUUUCAUUCACCUGACCAUAGCUUUCGUGUCAUUCUUGGGACUACUAUUUGCCGGCAAUUCGCAGGUAUUUCUGUGGAUAUUAAGCGCCGGCAAUGGGUUCGGGUAUUCAAUACUCAGCGCAACUUUUUUGGCAUUUUUUUCAAAUUAUAUCGAUAUUACGGACCGCAUAUCAAUGAUUAUGUGGGUGACUAACGGUGCCAUACUGGCCGUACCCCUGUUGGGUACGGGAUAUCUCAUUGAAAUUUUGCAAUCAAUUGGUUGUCAAAGAAGUGAUGAAUUGAAUGAAACAAAAGACAAUUCAAGACAUGAAACACAAGACAAGGUAUUGAGUGCUGAAGACAUGCAAUCAGACAAUGAAUCCGAAGAAAGUGAUUUCAAAACAAAUUCAGACAUCGAUUGCAAGAAAAGAAGUGAUAAAAAGAGGACAAAAAAUGCCCGAAAAUAUGUUUGCGAUUACAAUGAGUGCCGAAAAUCCUAUUUCGAUCGCAAGGAUCUUAGGGAUCACCUGAUGUCUCAUUCCGGCGAAAGACAUUUCUGUGAUUUCAAGAACUGUUGCAAACAUUACUCACAUUCGGGUUUCGAGAGCAAUGAAUGCCUUAAUAAUAAUGAAUCAAAUGAAGACACUUCAGAAGCGAUUGAAGACUUGAAUAGAAAUGAAACGAAUGAAGAGGAAUGUGAUUCAAAUGAGAGUCAAAGUGAAUGCCUAUUAAAGACUAUAUCAGACAAUAAUUGCGAAACAAAUACCAGAAAACGAAAAUUCAAACCAAUUAGAAGUGAUAACACUGACAAUGAAACAGACGAUGAAUAUAACGACAGUACGAUAACUGACAAAGAAAUGAGUGAUAAUUCAGACGAAGAUUGCGAACCAAGAGUCAAGAAAAUGAGACGAAACUAU